AAACAAACUCAAACACUUUCUUCAGAGUUCAUAGAUAUAAAUAUAACUACAAAGCUCAGAAAAAAGGGAAAACCCAAAUUAAUUUAUUAAAAAAAAAUGAAAAAUAUCACUCCUUCUUCUUCUCCGUCUCCGCCUCUCCACCAUUACCAAUCUUCUCCGUUCUUCUCUAUCGUUCCAAACAGUGAGAGAACAGAGGAGGAAGAUGAGUUCAACAGAGCAACCCCAAGUAGUUGUACGGAUGACGGAGCAAAGCACCACCCGACGCCGCUCCACCUACAUUCUCACGGCGGAGAUGAGAUUCUUCCCAAACGCUCCACCAAGAAACGCCUGGAGCCAGUGGCUUCCGUCGGCGACGGUGGAUCGGUGUCCUGCAGCAAGUGCAGGCCACAUGCUCGAGAAAAGUUCUCUGUGGUUCCGGUGGAUUACAAUGGCGUCGCCAAGCAGUUUUUCUCAAUGGCGAGUCCUAAUGGAAUAUUGAAAUCCAUUGUGUCGUCGUUCACAGGAAAAAGCCCUAAAUCGAUGAAGGAAGGAGCGGAUUGGGCGGUGAGAGAAGAGCACUGGAAAAUCGCUUUCGGCGAAGUUUCGCAUAAACUGAUUGAAGCGACGAGGAAAAGAGAUGAAGCGAUUCUUGAAGCUUCGAGGCUGAAAUAUUCCAUGGCGGAAUUGGAGAAGAAACUCAAUAAACUCGAAAUCUAUUGCCAUAGUUUGAAGUCCGAGCUCUAUAAAUGCGUUUCAAAUCCGCGAAACCCUAACCUAGAAGUUCCAACGAACAGCGAUUCGAUUUCAGACAAAAUAAUCGAGAAUUUCUUAUCAUCCGUUUCCGAAUCUCGAUCGUCCAUGAGGCAGUUAAGCCGAUCACUAGCGAUGCAACUCCAUCACAUCGGAGACAAAAUCUACGAGAGGAUUCAAUUCCUCCUCCGAUCUCACGAUAUCAAAAUAUCUCUCUCGAAAAACAGUAAAACCUCACUAAUCUUCCAUCUCGAAGCGAUUCUAAACAGAGCAUUCUUCGAGGAUUUCGAAUCGAUAGGGUUUCAGAAGAACUCACCGAAUCAGAUCCUGAAUCCCUCGGAUCGGACGGAAUCGAACAUCGCGUCGUUCAAUCGCCUCCACCGGCUGAGUUGGGAGGAAGUUUUAGGCAAAGGAACGAGGCAUUUCAGCGAGGAUUUCAGCAGAUUCUGCGACCGGAAGAUGAGCGACAUUAUUGCGAUGCUUGAGUGGAACAGAGCAUGGCCGGAGCCGCUACUGCAGGCGUUCUUCAUGGCAGCGAAGAGCGUUUGGCUUGUUCAUCUUCUCGCCACAGCCGUUCACCCGAGCUUGCCGAUAUUCAGAGUGGAUUCGGGCGUGAGAUUCGACGGCGUUUACAUGGAAGACAUUGCAGGUGACAAAGCCAGAGAACUGGCUCCGGCGACGGUGAGAAUAAUGGUGGCGCCGGGAUUUUAUGCGUUUGAUGGGUUGAUCAAGUGUAAGGUUACGUGUAGGUACCACACUAAUCUUAAUAAUUAAUCUUCAAAAUGAAAUUAUUUCUUUCUAUUUUCA